CACUCAAAAAAAAAAAAAAAAAAGAAGAUGAUGGAUAGUGACAAAGUUUGCAGACGAGGCGGAGGACUUCUCUCCUCCUGAAUCCCCAGGGUUAAAUGGAGACACAAUGGAUAGCAGUGCAGGUCCUAAGCCCUGUCUAUUUGAAUCAUUAGCUCCUGGCGUGACUAUGGAGGAAAAACAUAAUAAAACCGGAGACAGCGCGGAUGAGAGAAGUGUCGGAAUGCUAGUUAACUAAUAGGCUCGAGCUUUUCACGAAGAAAAAGGGGAAAGCUCUUCCCUUCAACUCUGACUCUCGCCGUAUAGUUUUGCACGCGACGGCCUGUAGAGCUUUAAGCGGUUUAAUCAGCUCAAAAGGCAAGUAAAACUGUCAUGGUUAAAAUUAGACACGUACCUCAUUUGAAGAGAUAGAAAAGUCCUCGGGACCGAGUACCGCAUCAUUGUGUAGACGCAAACUACUUUCAUGAGCAAGUUCGAAGUCCACCUUUCUCCAAUUCUCAUAGCUCUCCUGAAUAAACACACUCGGACUCUUACACCAAACAAACACCUCCGACCCAUUUGAACUCCUCUCUCAUCUACUACAUCUGUAGGAAAGCACCGCGUGCUGUCACGAAUAAUUAAGAGACAGCAUCUUCUCAUAGGAUAAGAACACCCAGGCUCAUGAAUAAUUAUGAGACACUGACACGUCAUCGAAGUACUAUAGUGCACUGCCAGGUCACUGCCUGUGACGUCUGACGGGACGAGAUUUUAAACCGGGAAGACGAAAACAGCGGAAAAAAAGCUCAAAAUUAACCGGCUUUCUGCUACAAUUUAAAUGAACAGAUGCUAAGAUUGUCUUUUAUGACGUGCGAUACGGACGCCUCUGUUAAAAUCUCAGAAAAUGUAGUUUAGUGUUUCAUGACGCUUUAAAGGAACGGGACUAACCUACACACAGGGACUGUUAAGCGAGUUAAGCGAUAAGUUAGAGAUCAUCAUUAUCAACACAGUAUGAUUUGAGGACGUGUCCCAAUUCGUACAUGCACUAUAUAGGCCACAUAAACACCCAUCAUUUCAGUCUGGGAGUGUCCCAAACCACAGAGUGUCCCCUGUAAAUGCCACGGUGCAUUACGUGUAUUGGAUAGUCACUGGGUUUGGGUAUUUAAAAUGCCUUAAAUGAUAUUUUCAGACGUGACUGUGAAAGGGCUGUGUCUCUCUAAGUAGUGAAUGAGAUUUGGAUAUUUGUAGCUGGAAGACGGACUGAAAGUCCAUUUAGUCCACGUUUGAACGUGAAACGUGAACACGAUAUAACAUGAGUUAUUAAGUGACAUCAGGUGAUGUGUGUGUGUGUUGGGGGGGGGUUGUGUUUAUAUCUUAUUGGGGCCCCCACUAGGCGAGCUGGGUUGUUUUUAUUUAUUUAUUUAAUCUAAAAACUAAAAUGGUCAAAAGGUGGGUUUUUUUUUUUGGUAACUAUGGUAAAAUUUAGGGUUAGAUUUAGGUGUAGUGUAGGAUUAAUUUAAAAUAAUGUCAAUGGAAGGUCCUCACAAGGAUAGUAAGACAGGAAUAGGUGUUUCACAUGACUGUUACCUUCAGCUGAAGAUGCUGGAUGUUCAGUUUCUCCUCUGAGCUUUGCACACACACCACUCUCUCUCUCUCACACACACACACACACAACUCUCUCUCUCUCUCACACACACACACCUCUCUCUCUCUCACACACACACACACCUCUCUCUCUCUCUCUCUCACACACACACACACACACACACACACCUACAUCUCUCUCUCUCUCUCUCACGCACACAUCUCUAUAUCUCUCGCUCUCUCUCUCUCACACACACACACACACACCCUCCCUGCCUGUCUCACUCUUCUCCUGUCUCUCACUCCUUCCUCCGGUUCUCCAGGUUUAGUUGGCUGACUGUGUGAGCCUGUUACCAACUUGCAUGCGGGAAGGAGAGAGCCGCACGCGCACUCGGUCCCCGGGCUCGCGCUUUAAACCUGUGCGGAAGAAAGAAAGCGCGCCGGGAUUUAUGAGGUAUUGUCUCUCGGUUAAACGGCUCGCUGUACGGCACUAAUCAACACGUGAGUGCGCGCGUGGGCUCCUCUGUCAUGGUGCGGAGCGCUCCCCCGGAGCUCCAUGCAGCACUCUCCGCGCGCAUGCACAUGCACGCGUGAGCGGAGCCGCUUCCGUGUGCACCGUCGCCUCGUUGACACAUGGCCGCGGCUAUCGCGAGCUCACUCAUCCGGCAGAAACGGCAGGCGCGCGAGUCCGGCAACGACCGCGGGACCGCCUCGGCGCGGCGCUCGAGCCCCGGUAAGGAGGCGCGCGUGCUGUGCGGUAGGCGCCUGUACGGGCUCUUCAGCAAAGUGCGCUUCUGCAGCGGCGGGAAGAAGCGGCCCGCGCCACGGAAACCAGAGCCACAGCUGAAGGGGAUUGUGACAAGGCUGUUCAGCGAACAGGGGUUUUACCUGCAGAUGAAACCAGAUGGAACCAUUAAUGGGACCAAAGAUGAGAACAGCGACUACACUCUUUUUAAUUUGAUUCCAGUGGGUCUGCGUGUUGUGGCCAUUCAAGGUGUGAAGGCAGGACUUUAUGUGGCCAUGAACACUGAGGGAUUCCUCUAUACAUCAGAUCUUUUUACGGCAGAGUGUAAGUUUAAGGAGAGUGUGUUUGAGAAUUACUAUGUGAUCUACUCGUCCACUCUGUAUCGUCAACACGAGAGCGGACGUGCCUGGUUCCUCGGCCUCACCAAGGACGGCAUCAUCAUGAAAGGAAACCGCGUCAAGAAAACCAAACCUUGCUCACACUUCGUCCCCAGACCCAUCGAGGUGUGUAUGUACAAGGAGCCGUCACUGCACGAGUUAGAAGAGAAGCAGCGCAGCCGGAAAGACUCAGGGACGCCGAGCAUGAACGGAGGGAAUCAGCCGAACCCGGACUCGACCGAGCAGGACGGCUCAUAGCUGCUCUCUCACACCCUCACAAACUCACUCACACACACACACACACACACACACACACACACACACAUAUAUAUAUAGCACCUCACAGAGUUCGCACCUCAACAGGAGAAAAAUCACCCAACAAGAAAAAGCAGAUUGAAAUCUGCAAUCCUGUGAAUGUCUCAGAAAGGAAACAAAGAAAAAAAAAGGGGGGGAAAAAUCCUGUAUUUGAAACCAGGACAUUUUAUGCAAAGCCUGCCGAGAGUGAGUGUGUGUGUACGUGUGUGUGUGUGUGUGUGUGUGUGUGUGUGUGUAAGUGUGUGUGUGUGUGUGUGUUAUACCUUGGACACGAAAUGAAAAAUGCUGUGUAUGUAUGUGUGUGUGUGUGUGUGUGUGUGUGUGUGUGUGUGUGUGUGUAUGUUUGGAAGUUUAAGCUUUAAAGCCAUGCACCAAUCGUCACGUCAUGAAUUUAUGAAUGCAAAAGCACCUUCAUGCGCUUCUUUCUGUGCGUGCGUGCGUGCGUGUGUGUGUGCUGCUCUGAUCAUCGCUAUGAAUCGUCAGUCUCGGAUUCUCCUCUCCGAUUGGCUUAAGUAGUGAACGCCCGCCCUGUACCCGGCUGACGGGCUGCAUUGUGAUCUCAGUGGACUUCAAAUUGCCGUCGAUUUCGAGAAACCGUUUCGCUUGUACGUCUCUUUCCAGAAAUGUCUGUUUGGACAUUUUACGUGCGUUUUACAAGCUACGUUCGCGCUGGCGAGCGACAUAUCGCUUUGCGUCGCUUGUGGGCGUGGCCUGUCUGGAAUUUUGGGAUGUGCGCUGUACGACUUCUGCGGUACGCGUGACGAGUUUGAUUUACGUUUCUUGCCAGGCUUCGUUGGCAGAUUCGCAGAUUUUGCGGGAAGACUACUCGAAUCUGCGCAACCGCGAUCAAUUGUUCGACGCACGUGAAUCGAAGACGGCUUCAGUCGAAGGACGUCACGUGACGCGUCUCGGCCCGAAUCUGCGGUCACGCUGGAAAAAUUGCGAGCUCUUCCGGAUAUUUUGCGGAGUUUCCUUGAUUUUGCGUUCGUUUCUGCAAUCGUGAAAUCAGUAAAAUCCUGUAGAGACUAGCUGGUGAAUUAGCUCCGCACGCUCACCAGAGGCACCGACGAUUUCUGUUGCUUCCGCUCUAGAGGAAUCUCUAUAGACAUAUAAUGCUGUAUAUAACAGGAUAAGUUAGACCACGGUUAUAUGGAAACUAAUAGCAGGUAGGAACUAAGGUUGUGAGCGGCGAGCUGAAGAAAUGUCGAACCACACGCGAUAUAGGAUCGGUCCGUUACAGUGUCGUACCUAAUUUACAUAGAACUGAGAAAAAUCUGAAAUGACUGACAUCGCGGAUCCGAUUCCACCACGUGGUCACCUGUCACGUCCGAGUGUGAACGCCAGGUAAGGAGCGACAAGUGAGGUAAAAACGUAACUGUUGUAGUUUGGUGGUUUGCAGCACCCUAGUGGACUGUGGCGGAACUGCAGGCUAUCGUAAGUUGUGUUUUGAGAAACUGGUGAAUCAGAUGUAAUUGAGAUGUACAUAAAGGGGUUUUAGUGAGGUCAUCAUUAUUAAUAGAUGAUCGUACGCAUGUUAACAAAGAUAGUCAUAGGCUUAAGUCAGUUGUGCAUUACCGCUGUUGUUGCGUUUAAUGGGCUGCAUGUUUUGUGUGUGUGUGUGUGUUUAAUUUCUUAUCCUUUUUUUAAAUGCAUUUUAAAAAUGCUCUUCUGCACUUUUAAGCCUCGUUACUCUGAAUUUCGCGAGAAUAUUUAAAGUUAGGCUGCCUUGUUUAAAUCCUCGGAGAAGAGGUCUAAUCCGCGUUGUGUCUGAAUUAUUCUCAUCUGACGUUUUGUCUUUAUGUCUGAUCUGUGUCUAUCUCCUGGGAAUUUGUGUUUGGUCUCAUCCCGCUAUACCUGGUCCCGCUAUACCUGUGUAAUCUCUCCAAUCCGAUCUCUCUAUCUUGUUAUCAGACUUGUUAUCGCUGUCUUAUCGUUUUCUGCCUUUGUAUACAGCCUCUCUGGCUGAUAUCGAUGGAUCUAACCUCUCUAUCUGAUCUCUUUGUCUCAUCUUUUACUUCAUGUCUGUACCUAAUUUCUCACCGUCUGAUCUCCACAUCUAACCUUUCGCUACAUGAGCCGUCCGUCGAUAAGCUUUUCACGUUUGAUUUAUGUUCCUAAUCUCUCGCCGUUUUUUUUCUCGGCUUUAUCUCGUCUCAUCGUCCAGUCUUUUUAAUGUCCAAUCUUUUUUUUCUACUUUAAUUGUCUGAUCUCUGUGUUUCCAAAAAUAUAUAUUUUGUCUGAUUUCUCAAUAGUAUAUUGCUCUGCGUGCAUCUUUUCAUGUUGUAUGCCUUUUUGUAUGAUUUCCAUUAGUGGUCUCUUUAAAUCUGAUCUUGUCGCACUCUAUGUAAUAUUCCUACAUCAGAUUUUUCCAUCCCGUCCCAUUUUAUCCUGUGCAUCCUUCCAUGCCCUACCAUCUUUGUUUCGUUAUGUCUAACUUAUCUGAACUCUGAUAGUUUAAACACAAGGAUAGAUGUUGGGAUAUCAUUCUUUCUAAUCUCUAUAUAUCCACUCCUUCUGUCUGUCUGAUUUCUCCAUAUACAUAUGCUCUCUCUCUCUCUCUCUCUCUCUCUCUCUCUCUCUCUCUGAUCCCAGCAUGUCUGGUCUAUAUUUACAGGGGAACUUUUGAUCUGACGUCUCUAAUUUCGCUCGCUGCCUAAAUUCGUUGUCUAACCUCGUCUUGAUCGGAUCUCGAUGCUCUGUUAUCGUCUUCAGUUCGGUGUCUAUCAGUCUAAUCAUUACCAAUGACAGAUCAUAGACCGUGAGAGAUUAGAUACACAGAAAUUCCCGUGAUCUCUUUUAAUCAGUGUAUUCUGUCUGUGUAAUCUUUCACACCGAGAGAACAGACAUGUCAGGGAUCAAACACAUACACCUCAUAGGGUCUAUCUAAUCUCUCACUGCCUGAUCUCUCCUUAGUGUCUGAUCUCACUGUCUGAUCUCUUAUGAUUGUAAACACUCUAUCUGGAGUGUGUCUUCCUGCCAAAAGCACCGACUGCCCUUUAGAUACAACCACAGACCCGCACACACGCACACACACACACACUAAGCUUGAACCUGAUUUACCACUGAGGUCACUUUGCCACCUGUUGGUCAGAUGAAAGAGUCAAUUGGGGCGAAUUUUGUGAGAAGUCUUCCAUUAGGAGAGCAGCACCAGCAUCACUUGCACAGAGGUCAGAGGUCAGGCGUUAUCGGGUCGGUGGAGUGUAAAUAAAGAUGUCCGUCCGGGUUUAACGAAAGGUUUUAUUUAUUAUUAUCGACUGCCUGAAGCUGACGACUGUCUGUUCGCAAAAAAAAAAAAAAAAGCCAGAAUGUUGAUUUCAUUAGUUAGUGUUUGCACUUUAAUUAAAUUAAACACAUUCAAGAUGUGUAAUGUACAAAUGUUUUGUGUGUGUGUGUGUGUGUGUGUGUGUGUGUGUGCGUGCGUGUGUGCGUGCAUGACGCUGACCAUCAGGAUGACCAGAUCAUUUACAUUAAAAUAUUGAAACCAA